AUGCAUAAAAUGUUAAAGUUUACAUUAUUAUUUGUUGGCCUAAUUGUGCUUGCUUAUGGCGCUUAUAUGGGCGAGAAAUUUGUGCAAGAUCUAAAGGGAGACCUUUGUUAUCAGGGUAUCGCAAAUCAGGCCUUAAACUGCGCCAAAGCUAUUAAUCAAACCAUUGAUAUAACGAAAGAUGAUUUUGGUUUUCCUAAUGUCAAAGACAGAUGUGUCGGCUAUUUUAUAUUCCUGGACUGUGUCAAUAAAAUUGGCAAGAAAAAAUGUGAUAAGGAGAAGUUUGAUAAAUUGUACCAUUUAAUUUACGAAACGGACAUGCGCCUUUUGACAAACGAGUGUAAAAUCUUGAGAACGGGAAGAGUUUUGACCGCCGGAGGGAUAACUGUUUGGUCACUAAUUGUGAACCGGAAGCGCUUCAACACCAAAGCCAACGCCACCUUUGCCUCUAAUAUGGCAAACGAUUGGGCGACACAAACCCGGGGCCCGACACUGAACGGCACAAACAAAACGGUCGGGAAUGAAUCGGUCGGCCGACGGGAAGUAGUCAUCGCAAUGGUGUGUGGCAUAUAUGGCCACAUCCAAAUGCCGGCGAGUGUGAUGUCUCGGGCGGCCACUCGUCGCGCCCGUAAGGGCGACGCCAACAGACGGAGCGUCUCUUUGAUGACAGCGUCCAGUAGUGGCAGUCGUGCCAACGCGUCGGCAUUGAUUGGGCAGCCGUUGGUAUUAUUGGUGUCUGUCGUGACGGCGGCGCAGAUCUCGUCGUAG